AAGUCUCUGAGUGUAUUGAAUAAACGAAGUUAAAAAGAAAUAAGGAAGAGAGAAGCUUUUGAAUGAGAGCGCGGUGGGGAAGGAGAGCGAAAUCCCUACUGAGCGUGGCGCAAUGAGAGGUAGAGAAUAAUGAGCGAGGGGAAGGCAGUUCAAGAAAGCCUGCGAAACGGAACAGACGCUCGUGCAGAGAAACCAUUGCGACUCGCUGCGCUGAAAAAUAUAAUUCCAUAAUGGCAGACGAACCAAACCCCUUAUCUCCUAAAUCAGAAGUGGGAUCACCACCCCUACAAGACAAUUCGGAGAACAGCUGGCGCACGCUUCUGGAAUCGCAAAAUAGAGUGAUUACGGAACUUUUGAAAGCAGCACAAUUAACGCCGGCGCCUAGCACGCGCCCUGUCUCGGCAGUGCUACCAACGUUCAACCCCGAAGCUGCUGACGCCGACGCAGCAGCAUGGUGCAAAACGGCUAGCAUGAUUUCAUGUGAACAUCAGCAAGAAGGUGCAUCUUUGGUAAUGACACUCAGCAAGUCGUUGCUCGGUAGUGCAUCGCAGUGGCUAUCACAAAUAUGCUUCGCCGGAAUGAGCUGGGCGCAAUUCAAGGAAUUGUUCAUGGAGCGCUAUGAAGGCAACGAGACGCCGGCGGCAUUAUUGCUAAACAUGCUGAAGGGACGCCCAAGCCCCAACGAAUGCCUAUCAGUGUACUCCAGCCGAAUGGUUACAUCUUUAUUAACCAAGUGGAAAGCGAUGACACACGAAGAAAUUGCUAUAUCGUUGGUUCUGGCACAUUCGUCGCAAAUUGAUUCCAGACUGCAGCGCUUAGUGUUUACAACAAACAUAAAGACAAGAGCGGAGUUACAACAACAACUCAAAGCGCAUUCGUUCGUCAGAAAUUCUGAAUUCUCUGGAAUUGACAUGGGCCCCGAGAAGAAGAGGUUUAAAAUGCAAACGCCGAUUAGAUGCCAUAGUUGCGGAAAGCUGGGGCACAAAGCAAUAGAGUGUCGCAGGAGGAAAGCAGAAGAGAGGAACGAGACAAGAGCAGGCCAUGGCAACGGUAGAUCAACGAUGAUGAGAGAGAUCAACUGUGACAUGUUUUAAGUGCGGCAACGUUGGACACAUCGCAUCAGUGUGCACGAAGGGACCAGCAGCAGCGAGUAAAAGCAGCGAGAGAAGAGUAGACAUGUGCGCGGUUCUUCAGCCUAACGGAACUGCAAUACAAUUCGGUGAGCGGUUUCCAUUUUUCUUUGAUUCGGGUUCCGAAUGCUCGUUGGUAAAAGAAACAACAGGCGAGAAGCUAGGCGGCAAAAGAUGUCAUAAUUUGGUAGUUUUAAGAGGCAUUGGCGACAAUAUUGUCAAGAGCACCAUGCAAAUUCUGUCUACCGUACAAAUUUCAGAAUUUAAUUUCGAAUUGUUGUUCCACGUAGUAGGUAAUAAGUGUCUCAAAUAUGAUAUGAUAAUUGGACAAGACAUUUUUCAACUUGGCUUUGGAGUAAUGUUAGAAAGUGAUAAAUUUGAUAUUUAUAGAACUCAAACGGUAUUAUCGGUAAUUGACGAUAACACAUUAAAUAAGAUUGACUAUAAAAAUAAUGUUAAUACAGAUUUAAUUGAUAGUGAUAAGUCAAAGCUAAACGACAUAUUGACCAAAUAUUCCAUGUUCUUCAUAGAUGGUAUCCCAAGUAGGCGUGUAACUACGGGUUCAUUGGAAAUCCGUUUGCUGGAUAGAAACAAAACGGUUCAAAGGCGACCGUAUCGCCUUAGCGAAAAUGAGAAGCAGAUAGUUAGGGACAAAAUUCACCAAAUGUUAGAAGCAAAUGUAAUACGACCUAGCAGUUCUCCGUUCGCUAGCCCAAUGUUACUAGUCAAAAAGAAAGACGGGAGUGACAGACUAUGCAUCGAUUAUCGUGAACUAAACGCUAACACUGUGUCAGAUAGGUACCCCUUACCAUUAAUCGCAGACCAGAUUGAUCGCCUGCGAGGUGGAAAAUAUUUUUUUAGCUUAGACAUGGCCAGUGGCUUUUACCAGGUGCCUGUUCACCCCGAUUCCGUUGAAAGAACUGCAUUCGUGACUCCGGAGGGUCAAUACGAAUUUCUAGCAAUGCCGUUUGGACUGAAGAACGCCUCAUCGGUCUUUCAGCGCGCCAUAGUUCGAGCCUUGGGGGAUUUAGUCAAUACUUAUGCAGUAGUCUAUAUCGAUGAUGUGCUAAUUGUUUCAAAUUCCACAGAUGAAGCAUUCGAAAGAUUAGAGGCAGUGUUGAGCGUGUUAUCAAAGUCGGGGUUUUCUUUCAAUGUAAAGAAAUGUCAGUUUCUACACACAGAGAUAGAAUACUUAGGAUUUCUAAUAAGGGACGGUGAGCUAAAACCCAACCCUCG